AUAGUUACAUAUUUAGUAAUUUUUUUUCUUUUAAUUCCUUAAGUAUUUCUAAAUAUAGUUAAUUGUUUCAUUCAUACUAAUGCUUAUUUUAUAAUUAUUUAAUGACGAUGCUCUUAUUUGUAUCAUAUGUAGUAUACUUUUAUGCGAAUUAAAGAUGUUUCAUUUAUAAUUUUAAUAUAUUGUCAGUUUUACGUUGUUAUACUUCAAAGUACUAUAUUUCAAAAGAAAAUUAAGGAUAUAGCACAUUACUUAUUAUUAAUAUGGCCAAUAAUAAAAAUUUCAACAAGCCCUACAAAAUUAUAGACUCUAGGCGUGAACAUAAAAUUGGAGUUGUAGCAAAUUCUCUAUCUGAACUUAUUAUAAAAGCUCAACAAAAGCUCAAAAUUAACGGACCUGUUAAAGUUGUAUUAGAAAUUGAUGGUACUGAAAUUGAUGAAAAUGAUUACUUUGAAACUUUAGAAGAUAAUACUUUAUUUAUGAUACUUAAAUCAGAAGAAAAAUGGUGUCCUUAUAGUGCAAUAAGUAUUAAAAUUGGUGAUGAUCAUGUUGAUGGUACUCAAAAUUUGUACAACUUAAUCGAACGUUUGAAAAACGAUAUUGGCCAAAUUACAUUACUAGGUGGUUGCGAUCUUGAAUUACUAUCAGAUAUGAAUCUUGAAGAUAUGGAAAACCUUGGAAUUGAUAAAUCGUUUUUAGAAAACAUCAAAGAAGCUAGUGGAAGAUACUUAUCUGAAAAAAGAGAAGCUCAAGAUGCAUUAAAUUUGCUCAAGUUAUAUCAUGCUUCAACUGUUAAACAAAAUGCUUCAAAGAAAAACAAAGUUUAAGAAAUAAUAAUCUUGUUGUUAAAAUGAUGUAAUAUCAGUUAUAUGAUCUCUAAAUUUUAGCUAUAUUAUAUUGUCAAUUUUUUAAU